GGGUUUCGCCUUCUCCUCCAAAUCUUCUUUCGCCUCGCCUGGUUGUCUUCGGCUGACUUGUUGGUCGCUCGCCUCGCUCUUCCGUUUCGCGGAUUUUCUCGGGGAUUACUACCUUAGACCGUCGCGUAAUUAGUACUUGCGUUCGAUGCUCUGAUUAUCCUUGGGUGUUGGAUUGGGGAUCUGGACAGGGGCUAGUCUAGAAAUGCGCAAAUGGAACUGAUUAAAUCGCACCUUGGCAUCAAUUCCAGCUGCGAUUGGGGCAUGCUUUCAUUUUUCGUUUUUAGAAUUUCAGGACAUGCUUUAGUCAAUUAUCUAAUUUGAUUUUGUAAUUUUACCCCAUGCUCGACUAAUUUUUUAUGCAUCUUCACUCACUCAUCCAAGGGCAAAGAUCGGUACCCUUAUCCGGUGGGUUACCAAACCGUCCGCCAUUUCUCCGGGAUAUCCUACACCAUGGAGAUUCAACAGGGGUCCAGGGGGCCUGUGUUCCUGGAGACUCGGCCACGGGGCAGACCCCCGAUAUCGCUUGGAAAAACUUCCAGAAGAAGACUGGGGCUAAAGUCAGGAACUGGCAGAGGAGAAGGAGCUUCCCUCAGAAGAUUGAUGGUGCUGAGGGUGACUUGACAAGCAAUAAACAAUUAAUCUACAUAUGGUUAAUUGUGGUUCAUCUGAUUCAUAUGAGCAGUUGCUUUUUGGUCAAUGGAGCACCAAAGGACAAAAAAGCAGGGCUUUUUGGGUUCAAAAAUGCAUCUGUUCAGAGAUUGCUUCGUGAGCUUAUAAUAGAUUCAACUGGAGCAGUUGUACUAAACUUGCCUUGUCCAGUCACUUCUGAUGCUGCUUCACCAUCAACAAAUAAAGAUGCAGCUGAUGUUUCUGAUGCUGAAGAUCUGCCUGGUUGCUUGGACAAGACAGGUGGAACUGCUAAAAGAAGUAUGAAGCCAAGCCAGAUGGAAGGUGCCUCUAAGAGGGUCCACUACCAGGACAGUUUUGCUUCUGUUGAUAACUGUAGUGAAUCUGCUCAGGCAAAUGCAAAUGAAGGAGGUCCUGCAAGUAAAGCACGGCUGCAAGAUGUCUCUGAGUCAAGAUGCCUGCUUCCAUUGCUGGAAGAAAUCCCUGACAAUUCAAAACACACUUUGGUUGAUGAUAAUUUGGGAGAGCCUCCCCCAAGUUCAUCUCAACAAGUUGGUUUCUCUUCUGGUUAUUCUUAUUUAAGCUCCGAAAACUCUGAUCUAGAAUCAGCUGAGAAGGAAGUAGCAAAGUCUAUGAUGUCUAUUUUGCUUCCCCAAGCUAUUCCCCUUCUCAAGAAAAGUAAUAAAAAGAAGAACAAGCAAAAAAAGAACAACAAAUUUAGUGCUUCGGUGAGAACAGCCUCAGCUCACAACCCCUCUGAUCAUGGUUGCCAAGGUGUAACUGUCCCUACAACUAUUGUUGGAGGUACAAAUAGAAAUAGUUCUGAAACGUAUGUCUAUGGGGGAUCUCUUUGUGACAUGGUUAAACAUGGCUCUGCUCAUGAUGACUUCACAAAUGACGAGUCAGUGUUUAAAUUAGAUGAGAUGAAAGAUGUUGUUGCAGAUAGUUUUGAGGAUGAUGCACAGAUUUGGGGUGCUAAUACAUCCAAACCCACGGGUGUUCACGAUCAUGAGUCUGAUGAUGCAUGCUCUAGGGAACCUAAUGAGAACUCAAAGGUGCUAGAUGGCAAAAUUGCAGGUUAUGCUGAACAUUUUGAGUGUCAGGUUGGUGUACACAAUAGCACAAUAACACCUGAUGUGGUAUACGAUCAUGAAAAAGGCCAGUAUAUUUUGUCUGAUUCACUCCUUGCUUGUCUAGAGGAAGAGUUCGGUGGGGAAGAUAGUUCCUACCCGGCAAACUACAAUCAGUGUAACAGCGAUGUUGAACAAAUGCAAGUUGAGCAGCAAUUUAAGGACCCUACAAAUUGUAUGAAAGAUGGCUCAUCAGUUUCCAUGGAUUUGCCAUACAACAAGAACAUUGACAAUGGAUUGGUUGAUGUCUGUGCACAAGCUUCUGCUAGGCAUGGUCCAGCAGUUUCUAGUAUUGGAGAGUGUUUACCAAAUGUCUUGCAGGCUCCAGUUCAUUCUGAUGAACAUAAUGAUACUGGAAAGUGGAGUAAGUUUCCUGUGUGUUCAACUUUGAUUGGGCCAACUCCAAGCAAGGCAAAAUCAUCUUUGUCGCUCAUGAGGGAUGAACAACAUCAUACUGAAGUCCCAGCUGUUAAUCAGAAGGAAAAUAGGUUCUAUGAUGUAAAUGAUAAAUGUAGAAAAUUUGAUGAUCCUCUUGCAAAGAGUAUGAGUAGUUGCAAUUCUGAUGAUGCUGAAUUUGUUGACAAAUAUGUUGCUUUUGAGUCAUCAGGCAAAGGCAAGUAUUCUAAUGAUGGGUCAAAAAGAGUAAACACCAUUACAGCGUGGCCUGUUGGUGAUAGAACUAAAGCAGGUAAAGGAAACCCACUUGGCAAAGUGCAAGAAUGUCAAGCUCAAUGUAGAAAUGGCAAUGAGACCACCAUGAUGUAUGUCGGUUGUGAAAGCAAUGUUUGUGAACACAUACCUCCUAAGGGUGAACACAAUAUUUUUCACCACCAACCUCAUCAUACCCUUUCUAGCAGUAACAAUACUAGUGGUCUAGUAUCUAAAUACACAGAAACACCAGCAAGAGGGUCAGAUCAUCACCUAGAGUUCGUUGGAUGCUACCUGCACCCAAUGCCUGUCUUGUCUAUCAUGCUAAACACCAAAAAGCAUAGCAGCUUAUACAUUUGUGUACUCUGUGGCUUUCUGGAGGGCUGCCAAAGAUUCCUUUAUGUUUAUACUAUCACUCCUAAAGACCAGCAAGAUGCACCACCUUGUUUUGUUGGUUACACUCCCCUUCUACUGCCCUCCUUGGAGCAGUCUUCUACAGGAAAGUUUCUGUUUGGAAGAUCUGGUGUGCAGUUUACACCUGAUGGCCAGUUUCUGGUCCUCCUGAGCAGUAUCAGAAUACCUUUUUGCAGGAUGCAAAGCAUCGAUUGUUCGUGCUCUGUGUGCAAAUUGGACGGAUUCGAGGAUAAUUCUUUGAAAAUUGUAUCUGUUAACUUUGGUUAUGUUUCACUCGUGACCAAAUUGAUUCCUUGUGGGACAGUGUCGUGCAUUUUGAUUUGUGAACCAAAUUACAUUGUAGCUGCCGAAGACAGCAGAAACUUGCAUAUCUGGAAGAUGGUCACGGGGUGGAGUAGGAUAUAUGAGGAGUAUGUGAUUCCUAGUUUGGGUAACGAGGGUCCUUCUAUACUGGAGCUUAGAAGAAUGUCAAAAAGCAACUCUCUCAUUGUUGGUCAUGAUGGCGCAGGCAGCUUUUCUUUGUGGGACAUCUCCAAGCGAACACUAGUGGCAACUUUUACAGCUCCAGGGAACAUUGUCUUCCAGAUUCUGCCAGUAGGCUUCUGUAGUUUGCAGGAGGAUAUCAUUCGUGCUCCAGUUGAUGACCUGGAGAAUAGGCUACGAGAGAUCACAGUCCGUGACAUGUCCAGAGAAAAGGACAGAGAGUCCUUUCUGAUGCCACCAAGAGAAGAUAUAGCAGUUUGGGUUCUGGUUUCUUCUGCUUCAGUAGCUGAGUAUCAACAUGAUCUUCGAGCAAAGGAACACAAUGCACAAUGGAGGCUAGCGCUGCUAGCGAAGAAAAGAAUUUUUAUGGGAAAUAUUUUGGAUCCAAGAGCUACUGCUGUCGAUGCCUCUGGUAACUAUGGAUUUGCUGGAACAUAUGAAGGUCUGUUGUAUACUUGGGAAUUGUCUUCUGGGAGAAAACUUGCUAGUACACAAUGUAUCAACGGUGGACGAGUAUCCUGUAUUGCCUUUGAUGCCAAAUCAGGCGUAGUGGCUGUGGCUGACGAUGGAUGCCAGUUAUUACUUUACACUCAGAAGAAUCAGAAGGAGGUGCUAAGCAGUGACGCCGAGGGGCGAGGGAAGAUGGGCACAUGUUGGGAAUAAAGUAAACGUUGUGGUAAAAUAACAGGAAUUUUGCAAUUUUGAAAGUGUAUAUAAGGUUUUGGUUGUUUCUGUACU